GGAAGAGUUUGGUGUUCCGGUGUAGAGUGUGUGUCGUGUCUUAUACUUUUCUAUACAACAUGUCUCUCGAAAUAGAAUCAGCAGACGUGAUUCGUCUGAUCAUGCAGUAUUUGAAGGAAAAUAACUUGCAUCGCACCCUGGCCACACUGCAGGAGGAGACCACUGUGUCCCUCAACACAGUAGACAGUAUCGAAAGUUUCGUGGCAGAUAUAAACAGUGGCCACUGGGACACUGUCCUGCAGGCUAUCCAGUCCCUCAAACUCCCAGACAAGACGCUGAUCGAUCUUUAUGAGCAGGUUGUGCUGGAGCUGAUCGAGCUGAGAGAGCUGGGUGCUGCCAGGUCAUUACUGAGACAAACUGACCCAAUGAUCAUGCUGAAGCAGACUCAGCCUGAGCGCUACAUUCACCUGGAGAACCUGCUGGCUCGCUCUUACUUUGACCCUAGAGAGGCGUACCCUGAUGGCAGCAGUAAGGAAAAAAGGCGUGCAGCCAUUGCUCAGGCUCUUGCAGGAGAGGUCAGCGUGGUGCCACCAUCUCGUCUUAUGGCCCUGCUUGGACAGUCUCUGAAGUGGCAGCAGCAUCAGGGUCUCUUACCUCCUGGAAUGACCAUUGACUUGUUCAGAGGCAAAGCUGCAGUGAAAGACGUAGAAGAAGAGCGCUUCCCUACACAGCUGUGCAGACACAUCAAGUUCGGUCAGAAGUCCCAUGUGGAGUGCUCUCGCUUCUCUCCUGAUGGUCAGUACCUGGUUACAGGCUCUGUUGAUGGUUUCAUCGAGGUCUGGAACUUUACCACAGGCAAAAUCAGAAAGGAUCUUAAAUACCAGGCGCAGGACAACUUCAUGAUGAUGGAUGAUGCAGUUCUGUGCAUGUGUUUCAGCAGAGACACAGAGAUGCUGGCAACAGGAGCUCAGGAUGGCAAAAUUAAGGUGUGGAAGAUCCAAAGCGGACAAUGUUUGCGGCGGUUUGAACGUGCUCACAGUAAAGGUGUCACAUGUUUGAGCUUCUGUAAGGACAGCAGUCAGCUUCUUUCAGCUUCCUUUGACCAAACCAUCAGAGUUCAUGGGCUGAAGUCAGGUAAGUGUCUGAAGGAGUUUAGAGGCCAUUCCUCAUUUGUCAAUGAAGCCACAUUCACUCCUGAUGGACACUACGUCAUAAGUGCCUCCUCUGAUGGAACAGUAAAGAUCUGGAAUGUAAAGACCACAGAGUGUUCCCAAACUUUUAAAUCUCUUGGUACCUCAGCCGGCACAGACAUCACAGUAAACAACGUGAUCCUGCUUCCUAAGAAUCCAGAGCAUUUUGUGGUGUGCAACCGCUCCAACACUGUGGUCAUCAUGAACAUGCAGGGCCAGAUCGUGAGAAGCUUCAGCUCUGGUAAGAGAGAGGGGGGAGACUUUGUGUGCUGUACGAUCUCUCCCAGAGGAGAGUGGAUCUACUGUGUGGGAGAGGACUUUGUGCUUUACUGCUUCAGCACAGUCACUGGCAAACUGGAGAGAACUCUGACUGUCCAUGAGAAGGAUGUGAUUGGAAUUGCUCAUCACCCUCAUCAAAACAUGAUUGCAACAUACAGUGAAGACGGCCUGCUUAAGCUCUGGAAGCCUUAAAGCCUCAGACCUGACCAGCAAUUUUCAAGGCAUGGAUUGAGUGGAUUUUUUUGUACAUAUUUUUUUUAUUAUUAUACUUCAAUAUGAAUAGUAUGUUUCAUUUUUUGUCUGGUUUGAGAAUGAGAAGCAGUCUAAGGUUUCAGUCUUUGUCAUUGUGUAAUAGCUGAUAAUUGUUCCAAUGCAUUUAGCAUUUUACAUUAAAAAUAUGUUCACCUUUACAAUUAAACUGUUUGAACAUGA